CUUCAUUCGUGUUUUAACCGUCAAGGCAAGCACGCGGUCGAUCAGCAGCGUGUGGUACGAAGCAGGCGCAAAAUACGCGCUCCCGGCAAACAAAUCAACACACCGUGUGCGCGAGUUUAAGCUGUCCGAGCUCUGCUUGGCGUAAACAGAGCAACCACAUCGUUUGGCGUUAAGGCCACCAAAAAAAGCGUGUGUGUGUGGGGGCGACAAUUUGUGCUAACAGUUUACACCUAAAAGAGUCACUGUUUUGUAAACAUACACGAGGAAAGUUGAAUUUAAAUUCCCUACGGUUCGUUUGUUUUGGCCGUGAACGAUAGGGAAAGUGUUUCGGUGGCAUGGUGACGGUGGUCGGAGGUGGGUGAUCCCAGUGACAGAGAACCAGCCAAAAUUCAGAUCGGUUGCAAAUUUGCCGAUGAAAUCAAAACGCGCGAGCGUGUGUGUCUGUGGUGAAUGCCGGUGAAAACUUUCACAAAUCGGUCAACCGUUGUUUUCGGUUGAUAUGAAUAAUUAAUUUCCCGCCCGUACACGCGGAUCACCGGUGGGCUUUAUCAGUUUGCGUGUGUGCGUGUGAUUCGUGGGGUCCGGGAAAACCCCCGCCGUAAGGGAGUUGGAGGUGAGCUGGCCGGACGGAACAGCACGCAACAAGUGAUGUUCUGAGGGGAGGAUAAUAACAACUUCACAAAACAGCAAACCCCCCAUUGGUGAGAGAAUUGGCCAGGGUGAGCGUUGGUAUGUUGGUUGGAAAAUGGUCGAGUGAGAGCAGCCAAAGUUUUUACUUUCGUUCGGAUUCGCUCAGCCGACUCUUAGUUUCGUUCCGAUGCUAAUGGUGUCCGGUUUUGCGUUGCUGCUCCUCGACGGGCACACGAGAUUGAAGUCCUAGCGUGCAGGUGCUGUGCGUUCUUUACGACCGGUGGCCGGUUUUCGUGGUGUCGUAGUGCGUACCAUUAGAUUUGUUCGAAGGAGCAACGCGGGACACAACCUCCAAAUCGGUGGACAGUGAAAACACAACAGUUAAAAACAAAGAAGCUCCAGCCUGUUUGUGGCGGGUAGUCGUUUGAUAGUAUCUUCAGGGAAGGAACCGGUUUGCAGGUGGCAAUAAACACUGGACACACACUGCCAGGUGAUCUUUCGUGUGUUCGGGAGGGUGCGAUGCGCUACUGUGACGCUAUCGUGACGCACCCGGGGCGAAAUUCCGCUUACUGCUGCUGAUAUCGAUUUUACACACCAAACACACUCAGUAGGCCACGAACGUGACCUGGGCUCGGGGUGUGCGCGUGCAGUGGAAGCUAUCGAUUUUCCUGCCGACAGCCGUCCAACGCCGCCCUUCAUCGGCGCCUCUUCAAAGACACGCCACGUAACGGACCACGAGGAUUUGCUGACACUAGCGCAAACGGGUGACAAUCAAUCGGUCGGCACAAUGUAUUUGGUCCAGACUGUACAGACGGCAUCCCCGUGGAGGCCACAGUUACCGCUGCCAAAGGACAUAACGGCUCAUGUGCAGCAGCAGCAGAAGCAGCAGGCCAUGGAGAAGGCAACGCCAGCGACACACAAAGCAAAGGACGGCAAGGACAAGAAGUGGUCCCUAGGCAGUCUGUUUCGCAAGAAGAAGAAGGACAUCGAGACGGACUCGAGCUCGGAGGAGGACCGGAAGGCGGGCUUCGUGCCGGUGAAGAGUCAGGGCACGCUGAACGGCAAACGGAAGAAGCGAUCGAGCAGGGUCGUCGGUGCUGGGUUCGAUCACAUCGUUAUUAGUCCACCGCACCAGCAGCACACCGUUACGUCGCACCAUCAGCUACAUCCGCAGCAACAAUCGCAACAGAAUCAGUAUGGAUUCCGGGAGAGUGACAGCAUCAACUCGAUGGACAGGUAUCCUGCCUCGAACGGAUCGCUCGAUCGACGGGGCUGCCGGAAGACAGAUCGGUCGAGCAGACACUCGAAGGAGCGGCAGUCGUCCAGCGACGAGGAAUCACACCGAUCUUCCUCGAUGUCGCGCUUCCGAAGUGACGACAGUUUGGGCAACCACAGUGCCGGUUCCCACCGUAAAUCGCGAACUGCGCGAACCGAGCGCUACCUAAAGCGAAUGUCUCGCGAUGAUGGGGGAAGUCCAUCAGGUGCGGUUGCGCCGGGGCCAGCCGUUAGUCGGUGGCACACACAACCCAUUUCGCCGAGUAUGGUACACGCGGGAAGUGUCCAGUCCAUGGAUGUAACGUACCGACGACAUCCGCAUCACCAUCACCAUACGCACCAUCAGCACCAUCUACAUCACCAGCAGCAGCCGACGGCUCACAUGAACCUGCGCAACUCGUCCAGUUUAACCAAUGUUCCGCAUCACGUUUACCAAUCGAACUCACCAAGCUAUGCACACCAAAUGAGUGGUUCGGGACAGUCCCACGGCACCGCUCCACCAGCUGUUACUUACGAGAACAGCUUCUACAUACAGAGCAAGGCGAGCUCGAUGCGCGAUGCCAUACGUAGCCCACCGCCGAUUCCUCCGCGUGAUCCACAGCGAAGACUUACGAUUGGCCACACGAAUGAGGCACGUCCAGUGUCGUACGCGUUCGAUCGUUACCAUCAAGUUCCUUCGGGUGCGGGCAAUGUCUGGCAGUCGAAUGGAAAGUGCAACAGUGAGGAUCGUCUCUGGGGACCCAUGCAGCCCGUACAGCGUACUCCACCAUGCACGGGAUUCCCCGGGGCACACACGGUAACGCCACCGCGAGCUACUUCCGUGCAGCCAGCAGAGGUCCAGCAGCACAGACAGCGUUACAUAUCGCGUCAGCAGCAACCACCGGCGAACACCAUUCAGCCACCAAGUACGCCACCGUCUAGUGUUGCUUACCAUCACCAUCAGCAUCAUCAACAGCAGCAGCAGCACCAGCAACCGAACUACCACGCCACCACACUACCCGCCACCACACCUCCACAACACUCGGUGGAAUAUCGCUACGUUACGGAUGUAACGCCUCGAUCGCGCAAACCAAUCCAGAUACAGGAUCGUACGUUCGAACCGUACGAACCGAAGCUACCCGAACCCGCACCGACGGGAAGUGAAUCCUCGCUAGCUUACACAAGCACACCGACUCCAACCGGCAGUGGCCGUGUUGGGUCCUCGUCUCGCUCUCUACGUGCUGACAGUUCUGAUUCCGUCGGUGGUGGCUCGCGUACACCGCAACAGUCAGCUUCGGCCUUUUGGCGUCGAAUCGAGGAGGAACAGCAAAACGGUUCGCAGUCACGUCGAGGCCGUGCUACGGAACGACGGCCCGGUGUAGCCGGGACGGCCAUUUCUUCCCGCUCCGUAUCCACCUCCCGAGCGCUGGAGAUAAUGAACCGUCGCAAUCAGGAGCUGACGCGCGAGCUCGACAGUUUGUUGGACGAUAAGCAGGCGAAGAACGCGGACGGAGAGAUGGAGAACAUCGUCAGCGGACGGUUGUACCUUCGACAGACAGCGGAGAACGCCAGCAAGGCCAAAUCGAACGAAAAGUUGUAUGAGGUCAAGAUGAAAACAGCUCCCGAGACGAGUGGACCCAACAAGUACGAGGAGCAUGUGGCGAAAACGGUUGCCCAAGGUGCUGUCCAGACACAUGGGUCGCAUGGGUAUCGACGAUACGGUGAAGAUCACCAUCAGCAGCAGCAGCAGCAGCAACAUCAUCAUCACCAUCACCAUCACCAUCAUCAGCAACAACCACCAGCUCCACCCAUGCGGACUAUUUCCAAGCGGAACUCCUGCUCGGAGGAAGAACUAGCACGCAAGCGCAAAUCGGCAAACCUCGAGGAGGCAAUCAACGAGCUGGAAGCGAUCUACAAGAGCCUCAAGUUGAGCGAUGAGGAUCUGCUGGAGCGAGCGGAACGACGCGAUCUUCCCACGCCGACCGGUUUCAGUCAACGAGCGCGGCACUAUCGCUACGACGCCGAAGCUGAAGAGGAGCGUGCAAAGGCCGAGCCCGAUCUUCAGCUGGACGAUCUUAGCUAUCGUAGUAUCAAACGGGCGAAUAGCUCUAUCAAAGCACCAGACACGCAGCCACCCUUUGGUAUCCCGGUUGGACCGAUCCCACCUUCCCCCAGCACGGACUAUCUGACGGUGCAAGCCCCAGUAAAGCAGACCAAACCACGCUUCCAACCGCAACGAUCGCCGGAUCUGGUUGCGGAUGAUCUUGCCUUCCGACAGCUGCGCAAGGACAAAGAUCUGCUGGCUUGUAUCGAUCGUGCUAGCGUACGUCACCAACCGACGCAGAGUGGCAACACGAGCAGCGGCUCGGAUGAUUCUCGCCAGAAACGGUCCACCGGAUCACUGUCCUCGAACAUCUACAGCCAGAUACAGCGCGAUGCGGCCAAACCGUCCGGAGGAAAUCUGGAGGACUACUACAAAAUUGAGCUGUAUGCAAAGAGUCUACGAGAAACCACCACACCGGGUCGAGAAGUAACUCCGAAACCGAAAGACGCUUCGCCGGCGAAGGAGAAGCUGGUCACAGUACGACCGAAGAGCGGAACGACUCCUCCGAAGGAGAACCGAGGCGCAGUUUUCAAUCUUCCGUCGACGCUGAAAUCGAGCUCGUCUGGCAGUCCUCCGAAGAGUCCGGGUGUAACGGAGGGUAGCAGUGCGGCAUCGACACCAACACCACGACCUAGAUCGGGCACAGAGCCCGUCAUUGUGGGCGCCAAGCAUAAGGCCGAAUUCGAGGAGAUCCUGAACGCGAUCGCACUGGAAGCACAGUCCACUAGCGAGAAGCUGGGAGCGGAUUUGGCCGAGCUUCGCAAGGAAACACAAUCCGUGUCGAGCGGCACGAGUCCGGAGGUGAAGACUGCGGGAACUCGCACCAUUUCCAAGACGAUUGCUCCCUCGAGCAAAGCAUCUGUGGUGGUGGCUACUGCAGCAGCAACGUCAAAGCCCCAGCUGAGUGCUACACCGAAGGAAGUCGAUGAGGUUGCUGAAGCGGCCAAGUACUGUGAGCGGAUGUUGCGGGACGUUAUCGAGGAGGCACCCAAGAAGGAGAAGAAGGAGGCUACCAUACCCGUCAUUGCUGUGGAAACGGUUGUGCAGAAAACGCCGGAACAAAGUCCCGUUGAGCAAGUCCAGAGCGUCAAGACGGUCGUCAAGGAGCAACCUACGAUCGUGGAACCGCCCGUAUCGAGUGAUUCCUUAGUGUUGGGUGGUCUCAUUCAGCAGCUGACACCGGCUGGAAGCUUCGAGGCACUGAGCAAGCGCUGCCAGGAGCAGCUGAGCGAGCUGGAAGCUGAGGAUGAGCAGCGUGAUGAGCGCGUUCGGUCAUCGAUCGAGCGUGACUACGACAAUCUGGUCGAGAGCAUCAAACCGUUCGAGUCGGACACGGACAAAAAGUCUACCGAGGAAGAGAUCGACCUGAUCAUGAAGGAGUGCGGCAUCGAGCUGGAAACCAAUGCAGCCCAGAAAGUGCCGGCUAGUUCUCAAACCGAGCUUAGCGACCGCGUCUCCGAGCCGAAGUCCUCCAGCGAAACGGAACCGUUUCCGAAGUCCUCCUCCCAGAGCGCUGGUGGUCCGAAGCCUUUCGCAAGCGAUACAGCAGCAGCGCGCGGGCAGCGAGGCUCGAGUACCUCCCCGUCCAGCGAGGGCAGAACGAAAGCGUCCCGAUCGCCGCCGGUGUCAUCCGUGCGGCUAACGCCAUCCGACACCGAAUCGCAGUACAACUCGUCCGAAGAGCUUGCCAUGAUCUUCGGCAUCAAGAGCCCAACACCGACAGAAAAUAAACCGUUCGUGAAUAGUGCUAUCCAUGAGUUGGAGAAAAAGCUCUCAUCCGCCACUGCCAAACUAAGCUGCCAACAGCAAUCAGAAUCUAAUUAUCAGCAACAGCAUCAUCAUCAGCAACAGUUCAUUGCAUCGUCGUAUCCACCCAUUCAUCCACAGUAUCAAGGGCAACAGGAGCUGCCACCACAACACUACACACAACAUCUUGCGCCAUCCCACUAUCAUCCGCUUGGACCGGCGCAACAGUUCUACGAGGAACCAUCCCAUGGAGUGCCAGUAGCAGAGGAGGAAGGCAAAUUUUACAUUACCAACCACGCGAAUAGCCUAACGGCGCAGCAACAGCAGGCACCUACGUCCAGCGAAUGCUCCGGUCUGCACGCAAUCCUGCAAGUGAUACGUGCCGAACAGCAGCAGCAGCAGCAGCAGCAAGAAAAGCAACAGGCUCGAAAAGAGCCACACGUUUCGAAACAUUGUGAUCUCUACAUCGCUACUGCCACCACAGCCUGCAGCCCUCCGAAUCGGGCACACCCAGCAUCAUCAACGAAUCAACCGGAGCCGCAACAACCGGCGGGUACUUCCUCUCACGCACCAAAGUUCAGUGCGGUCAAUUUCCGGCGCGUUCAACGACAUCCUCCGGUGUCCUUCCCGAAGCGACCGCUCGUAACCCAGCGGUCCCUCGGAUCACCACCGUCGGUAAACGUCGGCUCGAGCUACUCACCGUCCGGUUCGGCAGGGAGCAGCAUCGCCUUUGCCGCCGCGUCAUCGAUCGCAAACGGCCAGCAGCAGCACCCGCAGCAACCGAGACGACGCCAGCACGGCUCGCGAAGGCAUGAGGCCUUCGUCAAGACGCGUUCCAAAACCAUAUCGGACUUUUUCGGGCCCGAGUCGACCCCGGUCAGCCGACUGCUGAAUAUAAUAUGUCAAGAGAAGGAAGCGGAAAGGGUAGCAGCGCACAUCAUGAACCAGCAGCAGAGUUCACGGUCGGCGAUCGCGGCCAAAGCGUCCGCGAGCGCCCCAUCUAGUCACGGGUCGGGCAGGGCUCAUCCGGUUCGGCCACCGCCCGCCACCAGUAGCACCAGCCAGUCGGCAGCCGGCGGGGUGCGUUCGCGCAAGGAAAACAUUGUGCCGAGCGUCGGGGUGAACUCUGGCUCGGACACGGGCAGCAGUGGCAGUGCCGGCAUUGCGCCGGUACUGGUCGAUCCAGCCUUUGCCGCGAAGGAUAUAGAUAGGAUAGCGAAAUACAAAGCCGAUAGACGUAAAGCCAUUUACUUAAGAAACAAUGUCCACGAGAAUGAAAAUGAAAGACUGGAACCUAGCAAAAGAUCAUCAUCUAGAACACCGAAUACUCUUCCAUCAAGUGCAAUUCUUAGCAAACAGCAGCAGUCAUUGUUACCACCAUCAUCUAAACCGACCACAGCAACAACCACCAGCAGCAUCAAACGUCCUCAUUCAACCGGGCUCACGAAAGCUUCUCCCUCCGUUAGUAACGGGCUGGCCAAACCGGUACCAACGCGACCGGUAGCAGCAUCAGCAGGCUCACGCGACCGAAAUGCUAGCAGUAUCCGAUCCGGGGAUGAAAAGCCUGCCAAUGGAGCAGGAACAUCUCCGGUGCACGUGGCUGGAGCAGCUACUAGCUCCUCGACCGUCACGAAACAAAUACGAACGACUCGAUCGUCUCGGUUGCGUGCCGCAGCAGCACACGACAAGGAACGAUCACCAUCGGCGAGUAGCGCCACCGUCAAAUCGACUACCACCGGAUCGAUGACGCUAUCCACGACCGGCGGCAUCGUAGGAGACGAUCAGCACCGAAGCCAGCCGCAACAGCAGCCGCAGCUGGAGCGUUCUCAGCGUGCUGUGUUCCAUCGGGUACCGGCGGCGGGAACCACUGCUAACCCCGUAACACCCCGCACAGUGGUAACGUCAACGAGAACCACACUAACGAAACAUUCCACCAGCAAUGGACCGGCGACUGUAACGAUCAGAAGCAGCAAGCUAUUGCCGGUUGCAACUGCAGCAGCUAAGCGGGAACCGCUGGUAAGGAAAGUGCCCUCGACGCCCUCAACGAACUCGACCGCUACGGGUGGUGUUGAUGCCGCCGCCGCCAAACGGUUGGUUCCGUCGAUUGCCGUUAACAUGAAACAGAGACUGAAGACCACGACCGAAACGAUUAAGGGCGAAGCGCGUGUGGUGAAGAUAAAAAGUGAGGCACCUGCAACAAUAAGCUCCGCCGCUGCAGCCAAGCGAACGCUCCUUGCGAAGACGCGCAACAAUGUUGUUGUUCCUGUGGAACCUCCCGAACUGGAUUUGGACAAAUCGCUUACCGAACGCAUGGAGUCGCUAAAUCUGGACGAUGGGCCAGCGCACGAGAAUCAAGGGGAAGAUUUUUUUGAACGACCACCCGUCAAGAGUGAGGUGCCGCCGGAAACAGAUCUACUGGACACCGUCGGUACACCGCGCAUGCGGACGUCUACGAUGAAACGAUCGCACGCAACCCGGUUGCAAUUGGCCGCCACCCUGCCGAAGGACAUAAACGGGCUGAGUCCGGUGAAAGGGGUUCAGCAGCGGGAGGAGACGGAGAAGGAUAAAUCGGCCAAGCGCAAAUCGUUUCUCAAUCGUUCGCAGACAGAAGAACCGGCCGCCGGUGCAAGAUCCACUGCGAGCUCCUCUUCCGUCGGACGAUAUCAGCGUCGGCUCAAGAUGCCUCACAGUAGCCCGGACAUGUACUCGUCCAGCAAUCGCUCGUCGCCUGUAAAGUCAUCGUCAUCAACCGAAAAGUCUCCCACGAGUUCACCACGACCACCAUCGUGUUCAUCAAACCGCUCGAGUCCCAAGCAUGGUGGUGGUGGUGGUGUAGCGUCACCGGAAACGAUGUCCUCGAAGGCUGGAUCCUCGCCCGUACGCAUCUGUUCCCGACUGUCCGGAUAUACGAGCGGUGGCGGUACGCUAAACAACAGCCCAUCGCCCUGUUCGCAGCCCCGAAGUCCUUCACUAUCCUACCACAUGGAGCAGGCACGCCGCGAAUUGGUGGUUUCUCCGCCGAGAACGAAUCGUCUGCUGAAGAUCGUCACCGAGUCCACUACCGAUCCGGUUGUACCGCAACUUGCUGCCAUGUCGAUCGAACCAUCGGUACCGAUUGACGCACCUGCUGAAGUUGUAGCGGAACCGGAAGCGAAGCUUGAAGAAGCGGUACCGGAGGCGAUUGCAGCGGUGGAGGCACUAGCUCUGGAGGACGCUGACGAAAUAUCGGAGGAACAGUCAUCGUCGAUAGGUCAAUAUUCUAAAUUUAGUCAAAUUUUAAAAUCGCCCACAUUAGAGGUAGGAACCAUAAGUGAUAUGUUGGGUGAUUUAGCAAUUGCUGAUCGUAGUAGCAUGGAGGUGGAUGCGCAAGAAAGAAUGGAAGUAGACGAAGAUGCGGAAGAAGACGACGUGCAAGUGCCAUUGAUUAUGGAACAGCAAGCGGUAGGACGGUUGGUGGACGAAGAAGUCGUUAGUUCGGAACCGACGGCGGAGGAACAUAUGGAAGCGGGUCCUUCUGGGCUGUGUGUUGUUGCAUCGAAUGGAGCGAAAUACGAUUGCGACGAGGAUGAGGAGGACGAUGUGGGUGAAGAGCGGCUCGUUAUCGAACCACCGGCAAGGGGAUACGUGGCGGUGGUUGACGUUGGCGAUGAUGAUGAUCAUCAGCAGGAGGAGAUCGGCAGGCCAGCGAAUCGAAUCCUGUUCGACAAUCAGUUCAACGACGAGUUUGUGGUGAUCGAAAACAGUCCAAAGAGUCAGCUGAUCCAAUCGCUCGACGAAGCGGACAUCAUAGUGCUGCGCGACAACGACGAUGGGGAAGAGUACGGUGAUCGGCCACCGUCGCGUCCGUCGAGCGGUGGCUAUCUGGAGAAAAAGAAAAAGCUCGUCAAGAUGAGCUCGGUGGAGCACUUUGAGCGUAAAAGCUUGUCACCGCAGCGCGUGGGCAAGCUGAGUACGUCCUCGUCGUGUAUUUCGCGGGCGAAGAGCAUGGACGAGAGCAGUGCGGUGCUCGGUGGUGGAAGCAGCUCUGCGUCGGCCGGUGCCAGCUCUGGCACUUCGGCGAACCAUAUCGUGUCGAUACUGAAGCGCAAAACUGUGGAGUCUUCAGCGGCUGCCAGUUCCGCGUCGAGCAAUGCUUCGCCUGUGACCUUUUCGCCGAGCGUCGUCGACACGCCGAUUCGUUCGAAUCGGAAGCAAGGCAUACUGAAGAAACGCUGCUCGCUGGACGAGAGCCGUUACAGUCGCAGCCACUCGCCGGAUGAUCGUUCGAUACUGGUGAAGCACACGCGGCGGAACAGUUUCGAGGAUGGAACCAGCUCCAACCAACAGCAGCAGCAGCAGCAGCAGCAAGCCCACGGAAUUCUGAAGCAAAAGAGCUACGAAUCGCGGGAGGACGUUUCGGGUGCUGCCGCAAGUGGUGGAACCAGUCGCAACUCGAUAGCUAGUGGUUCGGGCAGUGGUGUUAGCAGCGGCCAAGCGAACGGUAGCAUAUCGCACGGCAUUUUGAAGAAGAAAAACGACAGCUCUUCGACGUCAACACCGAGCGAACCGCCGAAGCAUGUGUCCAUCUCUCAGGCGGUCAUACUGGCGGCGGCCGAGAUCUGCCAGGACAUGUUGCUGGUGGACGAAGAUGAAGCGUACGAUAUCAAACCGAUCCUUAAACCGGACCAUCAAGCGCCGGUUACACCGAAACCGAUACUGAAGAAGAAGUACUCCUCCGAAAAUGAAGAGAUCCGACCGAUUCUGAAGAGUUCGCGCAAGAGCUCGCGUGAGGAAAACUCGGAUUCGGAGGAGAUGAAACGAUCGAUUCUGAAGAUCGACUCACCAGCCAAACGAACACGAUGCUACGUUGAACAACAGCCAGCCGGUGGUGGCGAUAUGAUGGUGGGAAGUAUGGGCAGUUCUAGCUCAUCCGAAACUGGCACACCCGGUGUGUUGCCGUUGGUUCACAGCCGUUCGCUAGAGCAUCCGGACUCGGUCGCUGGUGCGGCGAUAGUGCCACAGGUGACAAACAUCGAAAAGCCUAUCAUUUCGGUUGCCGAGCGUAUACGAAACAUGGAGAAGUUCCUAUCGGGAGGUAGUGGUGGCAGCAUUCAUUCAUCGUCGUCGGGAUGUUCGUCUGUUUCGAAGCAGCAGAGCACGUGUUCCUCAUCGAACACCAUCAGUAGGCGGGAGUCAUUCCGCUACAAAACCCAACCGGUCACAUCAACGGAGAUCAACAGUGCUCAGCAGCAGCAGCAGCAGCAACAACUGCAACAGCAGCAGCAACAGGUAUCGCCUUGUGGAUCACGAUCUCCAGAGUGUGUUGCAGAACCUAGCGACGCCGGUAAUGAUGUUGAUCGUAGUGAAUCAAGACCCGUGUCGAAAGAUUCUACCGAAUGUGCCCGUGAUGAGCCGCAGCUUGGUGAAGUCGGUUGCUUGGUGAACAGUGGUGCGAUAAAGCAGAUCGAAAAUACGGUGAGCGUAUCCGCGGAAGAUCCAGUACCGGAGCGUAGAAUUGCACCGGAGCACAGUUGCUUGCGUAGCUCGCUGGAGUUGUUGAUACAGCGAAGUCACUCGGUUGAUCGUAGCGCCGACCAGAAACCGUUCCCUGUGGCAGUGGUAGAGGAUCCGAAACCAUCCUCUUCCUCGUUCGAGCUUCUCUCGCCAACACUCGGUACAGCGGAAUCGAACUCGCACUCCAUCAUUAGUGGUGAGUUUAAUUUGGCCUCGCUGAGCUCCGAUUCGGGCGUACAGUUUGGUGGGGGUCGCGGUGGCACGGAGGAACUGUCCGGCACAACCGAUUACGUGCUAUCGUCCUCGGUGAAGACGAGUGACAGUGAGAAAUCACCUUCGAAGAAAACGAUCGACGACGACGAGGACGAUCUGAAUGAAGCGUUGCUCGCCGAGGAGCAGCUGCUGGUAGUGCGCGUCGAGGACGAAUCGGACGAAGAGCAGCAUCCGGAAAGGAGACAGGGCAGGGGUGUGCUUCUGUCCCCGACAUCCACCUGUUCAUCCACGCACGCCGGUCGUGUGUUGAGACCGUCCAGCAGUAAUAGCAGCGCUAGCAGUGCGAGCAACAGCAGCAGCAGCAGCAAGAAGGGUGACAUCCUUCGGACGGCGGGUGUAGGUAAGAGCUGUGGAGGAGCUGCUGGGCAUAGGUCACCCGGUGGUAGCACUUCGUCCUCGUCCCCGGACAGUGGCAGUAGUAGUGAUUUGAGCGAUCGCGACCGACCCGAAACCGACGACCACACAAUGUUUGGUGGAUGCGUUGGGUUUGGCCGCAACAGUGGUGGUGGCAGCGGGGGCGCCAGCAGUGGAGGUGAGGACGGCACUGACAAGGGAUUACUGCGACGAUCCAGCAGUGUCCGGGCGAAGGCAAGCAUGUUUGCUCAGCUGGAAAGCAAGCUGAAGGAGAACGAAAACCCUCUCAGCCGGCCGAUCGUUCCACGUCCAAGACGAGCCCAAUUCACAACCCAGACGAUCUCGCCAACCGACAUCGAACGAAGCAAUAACGCGAUCAAUAGCGGGCUUACCAGUGGCCAGUAUCGCACGACGACCACCAGCAACAUAUCGACGGUCCAUCCACCGGUCCACCCAAUCAUGAACACGAUACCAACGAACAACAACAACAACAUAGUCUCGGAUGACUCUGGCGCCGAGUUUGAUCCUUCGACACUGCAAGUAUCGAAGAAGGUCAAACUGUUCUCGGGCGGAUGUGUAACCGUCAAGGGAGUUGGUGGCGAAGAAGGCGACCCGGUGACGGUGGUGACGGCGAUAGCGAACGGCGCAAACACACCGGUCGGAGUGAUCCGGCGGAAGAAAACGCUACUAAAGGUGCGCACGAUCGGGAAGCUAGUGAUGCCGAAGUUUCUAAACGAUAGCAACAAUAACAUUUCCGUUCAGCAGCAGCAGCAGCUAGAGCAGCAUCAGCAGUAUAAGGAAAAUGGAAGCACCAAUGGCACGGGCUCGGAAGGGGAGCCGGACCUGCAGCAUAUUGUGCCGAAGGUGGAUCGGAUACGCAGAAAGUUUAUGAGCUUCCCAUCGACGCCCAAGUUUUUCAACAGCACGGAAAAUGGCACCCAAAGCCCACUGCAGGGAACGCACGGUGAUGACGCGAGCGAUGGCAGUGAUUCGAAUGUGGAUUCGGGCAAGGAGAACAACUACGACAGUGGGGUGGAGAAUAUGAAUGGAUCGGGUCGUCCGCCGCAAGGUGGUGGCAGCUCGAAUGUGCUCGCACUCAAGAGGAACUUCCUGAACACAUCGAACCGUGCGAAGUCGCUGCACAAAGAGAAGGACCCGGUGCUGGACGUUUCCUCCGAGCUGGACGGUGUAGUAACGAAGGGAAAGGUUUCGAGCCUGGCAAACCAGUGGAAUCGGUUGCGUAUGACGCUGGAUGUAUCGUCGAUACUGAAAACACCCGGCACCACCUUCGAAACACCCCCAUCACCUUCCGGACGCGUUGGAAAUGGACUACAGGCGGAGCGUGAAUGCGAAAGUCUUCCGAUUGCUUGUGAAACCGAGCGCUCCUUCCUGCUCGACACGUCAAUGGAACGAUCGUCCGUGUCACAGAGCAACAAUACGUCACUGUUUUCCCGCAGCUUCACGCGGAAAGGGAACGGUAGCUCGAAAUUUGCGCUCGUGGACGAUCGGUUUGCCAAGUACUUUGGCUGCAAGACGAGUGAGCAAGGCUCACCGGCACCGAACGGUACGACGGGCGGCAAAUCGAUGAUAGUGACACGGAACGGCUCGAUUAAGGAACACAGCAGCAACACACCCACCAACGAUGGUAUGAACGGAGGCACCUACAAGCAGCAACAACCACGGCGACGUUCUCAAUCAAUGCCCAAGGAAACGCUGCUGCUGGAGCAGAGGCUCGAAUCGUUUAUCAGUACGAUCGCCGCUGCUGGAGGGAACGGUAACGGAUGGGACAAAAAAUGGAGCACCAUUAUUAAGCCGGUGAAUACUGUGGACGAGUUGAACAUUACCACCGAAGAUCUAUCAAUGGCGGAUACGGAGUUCGAUAAGCUGUUUAUAGAGCAAAUGAGUCCUCGCAAACCACCGACCGCGUUCCUGCCACCGAACGCUCAGAAGCUUCCGUUCAUGGCGGAGCUAAAGGGUGGCAUACUGAAGUCCAAAUCCGGCUGCGUCGGACUGUUUCCGGCCGAUCUAAAUUCGGAGCUAAAGUCGCGCCUCAAGAAAUCGACCCAUUCGGCUGUGAGCAAUCUGAAGAAAUCGACCACCGUCUCCACGAUCCACGAUGCCCCGAACAGCUUCGGUGCGCCGGGUACGCAUCCGGAAUCUUCGUCCGAAUCGGAGGACGAUGACGACGAUGGCGUUGCACCGGGCAAGAAUCUUGCGAAGAUGCUCCGCAACGUGUCCAACACGGCGAACAGUGGCAGUGGAGGGGGUAGUGUGCCACCGUCCUACAUACCGCUGCCGGUGGUACCGUUCCCGCGCUCGUUCGCGACCAGUGAGCCCGAAUCUCAAGCACUCAACCGGGAGCUGCAAUCGAUCAACAAGAAUCCAGCCGUCGCAAGGCGCCGUCGUCAGAACGAAGGCUACAAGCAGCAACAGUUGAUUAAAAGCAAAAGCCAAUCCGAGCUUGCCACCUUCAUACCGGCGUCGGCAAUCAUCUACCACAACACAGCAAACAACGCUGCGCCGUAUGUGCCCGGCGGCAUCAGCAGCAGCAGCAACAGCAGCGGUAGUAAUGCACUCGGUGGAACUGCACCACCGCCGCCGCCAUCAGCACUAGCGACACCAGCGAGCUACUAUCAAGCGGAGCAGAAUAACAACCACAGCCACCAGCAGCCGCUGCUGCAUCAUCAGCACAGCUUCGGACACGGUUCCGGGCAGCAGGAGAACGAAGAUUUCAGCUUCCCAGCGUUCGGCACGUUGCGCCGGUGUUUGACCGAGGAAAUGCGCCCGGAUCAGGACGGUGCGAUGGUGAAGAGUGUCUCCAUUGCCGAGCGGAUGGCGGCACUGAAGAAGAGCGGCGAGGACAAUUGGCGCCGGCGCGUCUCCAAGAAGGAUGUGCCCGAUGAUGUGCGGCGGGAAAACCUUGUCAAUAAUGCACUCAUCGUUGCCAAGUCCCACGAGAGCCCAGUGAAAAACAACUCACCACGACCGUUCAGUCGGCCGGCGGACCUGGAGGGUGGCAACAUCUCUGACCGGUUGGGUAAAAUUAAAACGUCGUCGGAAAAUUGGAAAAAUCGUGUCGAACUCUCCGAUGCGACCAACUUCACCGUGGCGGGCCGUAUGGCCGCCACGAAAUCGCCCAAGUUACCGUUCAUCAAGUCGGACACGAAGCAAUCACCCGCCAUGAAUGUGUUCCGCAGCGUUAACCCACCGCAGCUCGGACUCGCGAAAAGUCCCUCGAUGAUGGUGUCCUCCGUGGUCACCUCGUCCACCGUUUACGGUCAACCGCAGCCACAGCAGCAGCAGCAGCAGCAGCAGUCUCCAGCGGCUGGUGCAUUAUUCGGCAGCAGCAGACCCACCAGUGUUCCGGCUCAACAAUUUUCUAGUCCCGCUCCGGCACUGUUCCAGCAGCAAGGCCAGCAGCAGCAGCACCGAGUCGUCGAAAGUCUCAUGAAACGUAGCAUAAGUGUCCCAGGUGUACCGACCGGUGAUCUCAAAACGCACGCGACCGGUUCGAAGGUGGCCAUACCGAAGCUGGAUGACGAAAGCUUUGGUUCGUUCUUCGGAAAGGUCACCACAACACCAACGAACGGCGGCACCACCACCACCGCCACCACCGGGUUGGGUGCCGGAUUCUCCUCGAGCAUGAUGAUGGCCAGCAGCACGGUCAGCAGCAGCAGCAGCAGCAGUACGAUGAUGAGCAACAGCACCGAAGUAACGAUCGGGGAUCUCGAUACACUGAAACCCACCGGCGAGAAGCUGUCGCACAAGAAGGUGGUCCAGGGACCACGGGGACGGCGCGCAAUGUCGCGAAAUCCGCUGAAGACGCUGGCCGCCCGUGACGACCUGCAGACGGAGUAUACCGAAAUUAAGACAGGUAUCGCCGACAAGGAGAUGCGAAGACUUAAACUAGAAGCAAUUGCCAAAAGUAGCAAUCUGGCCGUAGAAGCGCUAGCCGGCUUAGCGUCCGUUGAAGAUUUCAAAUCGGUCAGUCUCAAGUCUAGCUCGCUGCCGCUGAAUCAGUCGUUUGUCCCGUACAAACCGCUGAUGUUGCUGCAGGUGAAGGGCCGUCGGCAUGCGCAGACGCGCCUGGUGGAGCCGGUGGCUCGCUCGGUGAAUCGGGGCGAUUGCUUCAUCCUCGUUACGGCCGAUCGGCUGUUCGCCUUUCUCGGCCAGUACGCCAACGUGAUCGAGCGAUCGCGCUGCAAGGAAAUCUGCGAUCAGAUCGUGCGCGACAAGGACCUCGGCUGUGGGGCGACCAGCGUGACGCUGCUGAGCGAUGGGGCUAGCAGUGGUGCUGGCCGGCAGGCACGCGAAUUCUGGAAGCUGCUCGGACGUGGCCAGGAGGAUGAAGGGACGGAGGUGUGCGAUUCGGGGCAUGCCGACGAGGACGAACUGUUCGAGUCGUGUCUGAUCGAGACGAACAUGGUGUACGAGUUCGAGGACGAGGCGUUGGUCCCGGUGGAGGAGUAUUGGGGGGCGAUCCCGAAGAUUUCGAUGCUGGACCCUCGGAAGGUGCUGGUGUUUGAUUUUGGAUCGGAGCUGUACGUGUGGAGUGGCAAGAAUGCACCGACGGAGGGAAAGCGUGCGGCGUUGAGGUUGGCCCAGGAGCUGUACGGAGGAAGUUACAGCUACGAGGAGUGUCAGCUAAAUCCGCUCAACUUCUCGGAAUUGGCCGGUGAUCGUCAGCGUGAUGCAAGACGCUUGUCCAAAGUUGGCAACAACCGGCCGGAAUGGUGCUUGAUCGCACGCGUCACGCAGCACAUGGAGACGGUACUGUUCCGCGAGAAGUUCCUCGAUUGGCCGGACGUGACGGUGCAGUUCCGUGAGGACUACACGCUCGGCAAUGGUGACGGGUCGACUCCGCUCGGUGCGGAAAUUAAGCCGCUGGACGGCAACCAACUCUACCGCGGAAACGAACCCUACCAGGAACCGAAUCUGGUGCUGGAGAACUCCAACCUUGGCCGGGGUGAUUUCUACUACGAUCAGGACUCGAUGCGUCACUUCGAUGUGUGCACAACCUCCGUUACGCAGUGGGAAAUCGAUGAGUACGAGUACAAGGAGAUCGAUGGCACGUCCCGCGGGCAUUUUUAUGCCGACGAAAGCUACACCGUGCGCUGGAUGUAUCAGAUCAGUGUGACGGUGCGUGAGCUGAGUGGCAAGGUGUCGAAUCGGAGCACUGUUGUUGGGCGGGACCGGUGCGCUUACUUCUGCUGGCAUGGCAAGGAUGCGUCAGCGAACGAGAAGGGUGCGGCGGCACUGCUCACGGUCGAGCUGGACAAGGAGAAGGGUUCGCAGGUGCGCGUUGCCCAGGGUCAAGAGACGGCCGCUUUCGUGCGACUGUUUAAGGUUAUGUUCAUCCACCGCAGCAAGCGAGUGCCGAAGGACGGGUGGCGUAUGUACAUGAUUACGGGCAAUUUCGCCGAGGAGACGAUGUGCACAGAGGUGGAGGGCUGCAGUAUGAGACAGUUGCGUUCCCGAGCCACAAUGCUGUUGGUACAUGGAGAGCGGGGAAGAGUGCUCCUCUGGCAUGGCUGUAAGGCGCUACCACACGCGAAGGAAGUAGCCGAGAAUGUGGUACGCGUAGUGCUCGAGCAGAAGAGCCCGGAACUGUUCGACGAAACGCUCUCGAACCUGAGCUCCUCGGUGGUGGAUGAGGGUCGUGAGACGGGCGAGUUCUUCGAUGCUGUUGGAGGUCAGAACCGUCACCAUUAUCACAGUUUGCUCGGUUCGGAGCAGAGCUACGACUUUACGCCACGCAUCUUCCACCUCACGAGUAUCAACAAUGGCAACUUUGAGGGUACGGAGCUUCACUGUGCCCUGCGUGCGAAGGAUCGUCCGACGGCGUAUCCGUUCCGGCAGGAGGAUCUUUACUCCGCUCGACAACCCACCAUCUUCCUCAUCGACAAUGGGCACGUGCUGUGGUUGUGGCAGGGAUGGUGGCCCAAUGGGGAUGAGUCGGGCAGCGACAGUGGUAGCGGUGGGGAGACCAAUCACAGCAGCUUCGACAGCAAUCGGUCGGGUGAGAACCGUUGGCAGGUGGAACGUCGUGUCGCAAUGGAAACGGCCGUUUCGUACUGGAAGGCGAAGCAGAAGCAGCAGCAGGACGUCCGGGUGGUGAAUGGGAAUGGACAUGCGGCACCGGCUCGUCUCACCUCUACGACCGUCACGGACGAGAAUGGCAAUGACGAGGGCAUUGAUGAGGUGGAUGCUAAGCCGUACGACGCACCGGUACCGACCGUCGUAGAGGAACGGCAGGAGCAGCAGGAAGAAGCAGAAUUCUCGCAUGACCUCGUGAAUGGGUUCGUCGUUUGGGCAGGGCUGGAACCGCUCGAAUUCAUUGCCAUGUUCCCGGAGUGGACCGAGCGGGACGAUGUAGCAGAAAUUAAUGUGCAGGAUGGUCGUAAAUCGACACCCCAACCAAUCUACGACAGUCUGUCGCUGCUGUCCCGCAAGGAGUACCCGCUGGCCGUACUGCUCGAACGUCCGCUGCCGGAAGGUGUCGAUCCCACCAAGCUCGAGCUGUACCUGCACGAGCAGGACUAUCCGGAAGCGCUCGGCCUAACCAAGCUCGAGUACGAUCAGCUGCCCGCCUGGAAGCAAACGAAGCUAAAGAAGGAACGUGGCCUGUUUUAGGUCGUGGCCUCGUCCAACCAACGAGGGGACAGAAUAAGAAGUAGAAAGGGCGCCAUAAUUGGGGAAGAGAACGGUUCAUAAAUUUGCUAAGUCAGUCAGUGAGACACACGCUGUUUCCCAAAUUUCUGUGCACAGUGAAACGAAACCGGAAGCUGUGUCGAUGAUAUUAUUGGAGUGGAGGAAAUCCCUUUUUUUAUUACGAUUUUUGUCCCGUGGCAUCGAUAAAUAAGCAUACGAUCAAGCAAUAGUUUGUUAGGGCAUAUUGGGCUCCUUUACCCGUCUUUUAUUUAACUGAUAUCCUUCCCGUACAGCUAUAAUGCGUGUGUGUAUGUGUGCGUUUUUUUUUAUCCAACCUGGUUAGAAGACAGAAGAGGCAGGAAACGAGAUAGGAAAGACCGUGCCGCUAGUUCGUUUAAUGUUGUGUUCGUUUUUCUUUUUGUUUGUUUUAAAUAAUUUAAAAAUAUAAACCGUUUAUCUUUAUACGUCUGUGUCUCGUACCACUAAACACGCCUGUGCUUGUUGAGAAAGAAGCAGGAAGCUAGGAUGAGGAUGAUAGGGAUUUUGUCUUUUAAAAAUUUCCCCUGUUAACUCCUAAUUUUCCAUCAGCCGUUCCAGUGCCGUGUGUUUGUGUGCAUCUGUGUGUAAAUAUGUUUCUCCUAUUUACUUCUCUCUCUCUCUCUCUCUCUCUCUCUCUCUCUCGUUCAUUUAUCGUUAUCUCGUGCUUGCAAUCAUCUUGUUUUUGUUGGUAAGGUUUUUUUUUCUUUUGUUGUGUUUCAUGUUAAAUCAUCUCCCCUUCGAUUCUUUCCGAUCAUGUAACGGAUCGGUGUUUUAUUGGUGCUGUUAGGUUUCAGUUUGUUUUUUUUUUGGAGGGAGAGUUUCUAACCACAAAUCUAAGCGUUUUAUUCACUUUGUACGAUAGUUUGAAACUGAGACUCGAAGCUGCUGCUUUAGGGUGGGAAGAAGGAUUGAGGAUCGGGGACAGGAGAAACGAUGCAGGGAUACAAGGGAACCCCCUUGCACUUGGUACUUAAUACGAGAUCUACUUCAGGUGAACGUGUGAAACUGUCUGCGAGCGUUUAAUCAUAAUAAUCCGUGUAUUACUCCUCUUCGCGCUAUAAUUUAAUCGACCUUUCCGGUGUAUGAAUCGAUAACGCAUACAGAACGACGCUAAAAGAAGAUUUCAAAAUGGCGACCACCGUUUGAGGGCGAUAGUAAGGCGGCGUGUGGAAGCUGCGCGUGUGUGCGUAUGUGAAUUUUUGUAGUUUGUAAGAGACGAAGGAAGGAGAAAGAAACCCCCCCGCUAACAUAUAUACAAGUACAUUUAUAUAACUUAUACACAAAAGUGCGAAGAAAAGGAAGAAAAAACGAAACAAGAACGACUGUCUACAUACAGGAUACAGAGAGGCGGUUCAUCACAAGUCAUAUUGCAUGUACACACAUACGCAUUAAGGAAAGGUUUGUAAAAGCAGAAUAACGCAGUAGGCUAUAUGGUUUUGACAGAACUUUGUGUUGAUUUUGGGCCUCCUCGUCGUAAACCGAUCGAAUCGAAACGAUGCUCGCUACGAUCGUUUUUGCAGCGAAGAAAUGUGCUACAAUGCGCCUUCUUCUGAGAUGCAUACACGCCGCCACGUACACACAAUCACCCUACUGUCACUACGCUUAGUAAUCGAAAGGACACACUCACACACUCUUAGUAGGCUGCGAAAAGGUAAUGCGAAGCGACCAAUAAAAGAGCGAGAGAGAGAGAGAGCGGUGAGGAUUACUGAAGUAUAUGUGCGCGUUUGUAUGUGUGAUGACCACUUAGUGCGAUAGUAUCAGGCAUCCCUCUCUCCAAGUAAACGCCUUCCGUUUGUGUGCAUGUAUAGGUGAUGCCGCGCUUUUUUUGUAACUGAUUUUGAACCGUGUACACCACCACCACCACCACCACUACUACUACUGCUGCUACUAGGAGAUUUGUUUGUGAAUCAUCACCACAACCGUCAUCUUUCACAUUCGUCUGUAAAAGAAGAGGAAGGAGAAAGAGGAAUAGGCAGGUAAAACAAUAGUGGUGUGUGCAAUACAGAAGUGCAGCAACAAUGUAAAGCCAAAUAAAAAUAAAAACAAAACAUGCAAAAAAAAUCAUAUGUGAAGAGAAAAACAAAGUGUGUUCAAUAUAAAACUGUA